CGCGAUGUCGAAGACGAAGAAGCCUCCCUCCUGCCCCUUGAACGCGAAGUCCUCGACGAAUACGCGCGCCUGGCCGGGAAUCUCGACGAUCUCUCCGCCAUCCUCGCCGAUCUCGCGGCCGAACCUUCGGUGGGAAUCCUCGAUGCGCUCCGCGGGCUUGAGCGCAAGACGGCCACGGUCUUCACGCUGUUGAAGGCGAGCGUGUAUUCGAUUGUGCUGCAGCAGGAGAUCGCCGAUGGCGAA